AAGCGCUAACCCGAAGCGGUACCGAAGGUGUCUACACGCGACGCGGUUUGUUGUAUCUGUUACAUAAUCUGCUCGAGGCAGUUUGCCCGACAAAGACACCAAGUCAUGAAAGUUAUAGUGCACAGUAGGAGAGACGCCCUGGAGAGGCGACUGGUUCGGGGACUGUCCGUGCUGGCCUGGAGGGGCACUGACCAAUGGCAACGUGGCAAGACCGUUUCAGCCAAUCACAGUACAGCGAUAACGAGCUGCAGGAGGACUCCAAUCCGGAGGCGAGGUUCAAGGGAUCCACCGACUUUGGGAAAAGCGGUUCUCCAGCUAAUUGGUUUCCACUCCCACCGGUGCAAAGGCCCCAUUCUGAGCAGCCAUCCAUCCAAUCCAACCCAAACCCAGUCCAUGCUUUCCGUUCCAUCUCAUCUCCCCUUCACCACCCUGUUUCUUAUCCGAUCGGAUUGAUUGGCACGGGAGAGCAGUCGGACACAACGGUCGGUCUGUCACCGCCAGAAAGACGUUGGACUUGAUGGAGUCUUGCUUGCAAGGGGAUGGGGAUAGCAGUGGAUGUAUGUGUGGAUAUGUAAAUAGUAGUAGCAGUAGUAGUGUAGUAAGUAGUAACUGCACACUGACUCUCCUUCCGUGAUCAUUGGGAAUAGGAUAGACCAUUCCUAGUACUUCCGAGGCUUUGGGAAGGGAACACCCAUGUACACAGUAGUAGC